GUUGCUCCUCGCUGCUCCUACGUCCGUAAGGAUUGCGCCCAACACGUCGCUCUGCGUAGCCGUGGCUGCGACGAGAAUCUGCACUCGGGAAAAUGUCCGAUUUGCUUCCGACGACAUCUCCGCCCCAGGGGACCCCAAUCGCUGCUUCACCAGCCACGACAGGCGAGAAGAAGGCGCACAAGGAGCAGCCUCGGAUCCGCCGGAGGAACCGCCUGAUCACCUCCUGCUUGGAGUGCCGCCGGCGCAAGCUCAAGUGCGACAAGCAGAACCCAUGUACCAAUUGUACUAAGUUUUCCCGUCUCUGUGUGUUCAUCGCGCAGGGACUAGAUCCUGACGCGCAGGCUAAACUGGCCGAGGUCAAGGAGAAGAUGGGCAUGCUGGAGAGGACUUUGGAAGAGGACGUAGCAAGAGGACGACGAGAGAGCUCCAAGUCGAAAUCUUCUCCGAGUUCAUCAGCGCCUACGUUACCAGGUCAAGAAGCGGGCCACAGCGACCAGGAGGAGGAAGAGGAUGCAAAGGGUCUGGAGUCCACAGAUCUCGUAACAGAGGAUGCCAUGUAUUACGAGAAUGAGGGGAAUGAUGACAUUGUCGACCUCGGUAUCUCAAUGGGAAGAUUGAGGAUCACUGAGAGGAUCGGCGGCCUGGUCAGGCCUCGAUUUUCUGAAGAGCUUGCUCAAGCCCUCAAAGAAGUGCCCAAUAGCGACGACCGGAAUCCAUUUUCAAACCAGUCGCCGGGCUCAUGGAUGUCUCCUUCGUCAGACUAUGUCGCUCCUUCGUCGAGUUUCUUCUUCGCCCCGGGCGUUGAGAAGACUUCGAUGAUGACAUAUCUGCCUUCAAAAGUCCUUGUUGACAAACUGUUGGCGCAUUACUGGCAAGCGGUCCAUGCCAUAAUUCGAACAGUUCACAGACCAUCGUUCGAACGCCAAUACGACACACUCUGGAGGAAUAUCGGCGCUGGGAUCGAGCCCCGAAUAUCGUUCCAAGCUGUGCUUUUCGCGGCGCUUCUGAGCGCGAUUGUCUCUAUGUCUGAGGAGAGAGUACAACAAGAUUUUGGUGUCGACAAGCAAAGCCUAGUCGAUAAUUUCAGGCAGGGAACGGAGUCCGCAUUGGCACGGGCCAACUUCCUACGAACCACUAAGCUGGAGACACUUCAGGCAUUCGUCAUGUAUCUGCUUCCUCUCUGCCGCGCCGAAGUGUCUCGCGCACACUCCGCCCUCACAGGCACAUGCAUACGUCUUGCUGAGUGCAUGGGGCUACACCGCGAUCCCAUCAGCUAUUCAACCGACCCUAUUGAAAUCCACAUUCGCCGCCUGAUCUGGUACCAGAUUUGCUUCUUAGACAUUCGCACAUGCGAGGCAACCGGACCACGGCCCCAGAUCCGCCGUGAAGAAUAUGAUACUCGGUUCCCUCUCAAUGUCAACGAUGAGGACCUCGAUGCCGCCGCCUCAAUAGGUGUGUACAUGAUGAAGGACAGCACGUCUUUUACCGACAUGACCAUAACGCGGAUGCGCUUUGAGUGCUACGAAAUGAUACGGCUGAUGUGGAUCGAGCGACCAAAGUUGCAGCGAAAAGUCGAGAAGGGCGAAAAGAAAGUCACGAUAACCUCGCUUCUCAGCCGGAUCCAAGGAUUCAAAGCCGCAAUGGAGAGGACCUACCUUCCCAUGAUGAGCAAAAGUAACCCGCAGCACGUCGUCGCGAUGGAAAUGUACGGCAUUCUAAGCACUCGACUCUACAUUAUGGUUCUGCACACCUUCGCCUCAAACGAUAAACGCAAGAUGCCGGAGCGGCUCCGCCAGAUCAUGAUCUCCUGCUGCAUCAUGAUCCUCGAGCACAGCAUGACCAUCGAACAACAACCCGCCUUGGCGCAAUGGUCGUGGUACGUGGGCGCUCUGCAUCAGUACCACACUGCGCUGCUCCUGCUCAACGAGAUGUAUGUGACUACCCCAGACCCGGCGAUCGAGGCGCGUAUUUGGCGAUGCAUGGACUUUGCGUUCGAUCUUCCUGCCGCUCUUCCCCCUUCUGAGAAGGCAAGAAUGUUGCUGCGUGAGUUAGUUGAGCGGACUGGAACGUACGCCACAAUACGACGUAUGCGCGCUCCGUCCAAUAUGCCGCAUGCUGGACCGCGGGAGCUAGCUACAAGCAAGAAGCCGCAGCAGCAGGAGCAAGCCAUAGGCCGGGAGGAGCGUGAACGAAGCAGUUCGAUGCAAUCAGGGACCAGCACCUUCACCAUGAGUAGCAGCGGGCAAGGACAGCAAUCCUACUCAUCCCAUCCUCAGCAUCAACAACCACAGCAACAGCACUACCUGCAGACCUCGCUCCCAAUGAAAGGACCUCUAGGCGCAAUUCCCAGUGUAGACUGGGGCUCCUUCGACAUGGCGACCACUAACAACGCCGCACCACCACCACCCAUGUCAACCACGCAAACACCCUACAGCUUCGGCGGCUUUGCGCCCACCGUCCCACCGCCAGGCCUUGCGAGUAUGACUCCCGGCGGAGGUAGUGACACCAGCAACAAUCCAGCAAUGGUUGGUAUGGGCGGAGGGAGCGGAAGCGGCAGUGGGAUUGGUGGUAGUCCUAUGGAUGCUGCGAUUAAUGAUAUUGACUGGAACGAAUGGGAACAACUCUUCGGCAGCGCAUCAGUUGGUGAAGACCAAAUGUUCAUCCCGCCAUUUACCUUCCCGCAAUUCGAGCCCUCGGAUUUGCAGUGGCUGUCGCAGGAAGGAGGGAUGCAUCAGUAAGACUUUUUCGUGCGCAAGGAGGAAGGCUACGGCGGAUGGAGAAAAUAGUCUGUUGGUACGAAUGCCUGUACAGGGCUAGAUAGCUGGUGGUGGGAAAAAGCCUUUGGAAUCGGGCGGUAUCUAAUCAAGGCAGUCC